ACAAACAAUACAGACAAAAGUAAGAAGCGCGUGAAGAAAAAGAUAAAAAAAAAUUUGUGUAGUGUGUGCAGACGAACGCAACGCAAUAAUCAUUUCAAAUAGCAGGUGAACGCAACUAACGCACACACGACGGCCAUGUCCAAUGACCGUGUGGACACGGGCAAAGAGUUGCCAACGCCAGUGGCACAAGAAACAGAAGCAGGAACAGAGCUGCCCACCAUGUCCAUGCCCACAAUGCCAGUGUCGAAGGGUAUUAUGAUAACGCCGCCACCAGUGAUGCCACCAACGCCAACAUCGUCGCCCAAUACACACGGCGAAUGGCCGAAUCUGAAUCCAAAUGCGAACACAUUCCUGCUGAGCAGAGACAGAGCGGGGGAACGGGAACAUUUCGCCCUACCGCAUCUACCGCCAUUACCGCUUAACGUUGACUAUCUGCCGAGCCUGAUACAUCCGAGCACACUGCCAUCGAGCAGCAAGAGCUUCAAGAUGCGUCCACGCAUGAAGCGUCUGAUGUACUGCAGCUACAACAACAUAUUAACCGAGUCAAACAAUCGCAAACUGCGCACCGCCGCUUCCACCUGCAAUAUCGAGCUGCUCAAUCGGAUACUGGAGUCGGGCGGCAAUCCAAAUGCCGCCGACGAGUUCAAUCGCAGUCCGCUCCAUUUGGCCGCCUGUCGCGGCUAUAUACCCAUUGUGCAGCAGCUGCUGAAAUAUGGCGCAAAUCCGAAUGUGGUCGACUCGCUGGGCAAUACGCCGCUCCACUUGGCAGUCAUAUCGGCCAGUUCCAAUAACUUCAAUGUGGUUGUGCGUGUGCUGCUGCAGGGCGGCGCCAGUGUUCAUAUGUACGAUCGCAGCGGCAAGUCGCCCUUGGAGCUGGCGGAGGCAAAGUUGCGGCUACUGCGCAAUCGUUACGAUCAUCCCACGCCCGAGACAGCCACCAUUCUGGAGGAUAUGUGCAUGCUGACCACGCUCAUAUUACGCUAUAUGGUCAAGCAGCAGCAGGAGCUGGAGGAUCUGUCGGCGCUGGAGAAGCGCCUGCAGAAUCUCAGCACCAGUGAUGAUCAGGAGCAAGUCGUCUCCCAGACAGCUGACGAGCUGCUCGCCAGCGUCGAGCGUUUGUCCAUCAACAACAAGUAGAAAGAAACCAGGCUCAAAUUCUGUUUCGAUCAGUUGGUUUAUUUUACGUUUCCUAAUUUGGCUGCCGUUGAGAUAAGAGUUGGAUUUGUGGAACUAAACUCUGGAUGCGCACCGGAGCACAAAUACACGGCCAACGCUCACACACACACACACGAACACACACACACACAUUGUUUCAUGCGAUCUUUUUUAUUAAGUAUUUCAUAUAAGUUUUCAUUGUUUAUGCAAACAAACAACACACACACACACACACACACACAACCAGCAAACAAAUAUGUUUAAAUUUUAAGCUUUACGUUUAGCGCGCCAAAACAAAAUAAAAUUUAUGUAAUAAAGAUGCAAUUUACGACUGCAAACCACACAAUUUAAACAACUUAUCAAAUGCAACAUAACAAUACAUUUAACUAAGUGAUUGCAAUAAUAAACAACAACAAAAUAUACACACAAUUCAUCAAAUGAUGUCCACAGACAACUAAAAGAUACUUUGAAUAAUAAAAAGAAAAAAAAGGGCAAAAGAAACGGGCACUAAAAUUUAACUUAAUAUUAAAGCAGGCUUAUUAUUAAUAUAGACGAUCUGAUAAGGCAUUGAGUCUAUUCUACAAUAGCCUUGUAUCUGUAAAGGGAAUGAGAAUAUAAAAAAAAAAGAAGGGCGUUGUUAUGUCGCGGCCGUCCAAGAAUAUACUUCCUACAUACAUAUGCACACACAUGCGUAAAUAUUUGGAUAAACGUAUUACUCCGCUAUUUUGAUUUUUUCAAAAAUAUCGAUACUUUAACAGCUGUUCGAGAUGUCAUCGUUGCGCAUAAACAGAGUGACCAGCCGUCAAAAGAAUUGAGCGUACAGAGCGGAGCUUUUUUUUGCGAUUAAUGCAAGGGAAUGGUCACACUCAAUUUGUAGUUUAAAUUUUGCUUAAGCGCUAACAAAAAAUAAAUGUACUUAAUCAACCACUCACCAAACUUUCGCUGCAACUGUUUAUCCGAAGCUACAAAAUAACAGGGUGUAGUACGUGUUCGAGACAGUUUCUCAAUAUUUCCAUUUUCCCAUUCUCCUAAG